AUGGCGGACGAAAACCAGAACGACCAUAUGGAUGAGGAAGACGGCUUCAAGACGCCAGUUCCAGAGAAGAAGAGACAGAAGACGAAGAAGAUAGCAAUCGAAAAAGGGGAUCACGACGAAGACGCAACAAUAGACAUCAGUGUUAAUCAAAUCUCCGAGAAGCCCGAUAGAAUCCCUCCGGUUGUCGCUUAUUUCGCUUCAGGAUACGAUCCUUCUGCGCAAUCCGCCGGCGGAAAAUCUCCGGAGGUUACGGUUUACAGGCAUACGGAGAAGUCGAAGAGGAGGCUUCAGGUAGUGGUAAGCCCGCCUGGCUCAAGCGUGGAGUUCGUGGGCUCGAAUUACACCGGCGAGCAAACGGCGAGGCAGACUUGUGUCUAUUCACUGGGCGUUCUGGAUAAAGAGACUCAAACAUUGAAGAUUCUUCCGAUUGCUUACAAUAAGAUAUACAGAUUGGAGCCAAGAGUUAAGAAAUUCGAAUCAGAAGCUUCGGAAAGUGAGGUCAUACCACAGGAACUUAACGAAGAUGAACAACGAGAAGAACUUAACAAGAGUUUUGGUACAAAGAAAGCUAUUAACGAUGAGAAGAAGAGGCGUGCGAGAAAUCUUGGAGAUGGUGCUGAGGCCCUUGACGGUAGACUUGACAAGAUUGAUGUUAACGCGACUGCUCUCGAAAGCACAAGUGCUAUUGUUGCACGCAACAUUCCUCCUCAUAAUGCCUCUGCGACGACUCCAGGAGAUGCUUAUCCUAUAGAAAAGAUCAUCGAUAAUGGAGAGUGGGACUUCCUUCAAGAUGUUUAUAAGCUUCAAGCUGGAGCACCAACCGAUGCAUAUCCUGUAUUUGUCCGCAACAGGUUGCACAUGUUGCGGGAUAUCAGGGACGAAACCGAGAAGCAGACGGUUUCUUGUGUGUUAUCGUUACUAACCCAUCUGGUUAAGUUCAAGGACAUAAAUUCGAUGGAUGGCUUCGAUUCUGCCAAAAACCACAAGUUUCCGGCAAUCAUCCGACAGAAAUGUAAGAGCUUGUUCAAGGAUUCGGACGCAGACAGGAUGCCUGCUGAUAAGAUCAACCUUCUGAUAAGCUACGUUCUUGUGCUCUCCCUUCACGUGGAUAAGUUCAAGACCGACCCAGAAGACAUAGCUGCGGAUCUGAGGAUUAGCCCGGUCGGUCUAAGGAGGCAUUUUGAUGCCCUUGGAUGCAAAUUCGCGCGCGAGAAGAAAAUUUUUCUGGCGACCUUACCGGUCCCUCUCAAGUUCCCGGAGACGAGUAUGCGGAGGAAAAGACGAUAG